AUGCUGAAAAGUCUUGCACCAAAUUCCUCAAUUGCCGUUUUAGGUUCAGGGAUAUCUGGAUUGACUUUCAGCUUUUUUUUGAAUCGGUUGCGUCCCGAUGUUAAGAUCCAUAUCUUUGAAAAAUCCAAGCAGGUUGGAGGAUGGAUCAGAUCAGAAGAGCAUGAAACUUUUCAUUUUGAAAAGGGACCCAGAACUUUGAGAGGCACAAAUACGGGUACCUUGAUGUUGUUGGAUCUUCUUACCAAGAUAGGAGCAAAUGACAAGGUCCUGGGACUGCACAAAGAUUCUCUUGCUAAUAAAAAGUAUCUGUUGUCCCCGUUCUCAGAUGUUCACGGAAACAACGCAAAGCUUCUUCAAGUGCCACAGGAUUUCAGCUCUUUUGUAAAGUUCAUGUUUGACCCGUUGUCUAAGGAUCUCAUUCUCGGUCUUUUGAAAGAACCAUGGCAACCAAAAUUAAAGUAUUCAGAUGAGUCGGUUGACCAUUUUUUCAACAGAAGAUUUGCUACCAAACUAUCAGAGAAUAUCGUCAGCGCAAUUGUGCAUGGAAUCUAUGCGGGCGACGUGAAGAAGUUAAGUGUGAAAGCCAUCUUCCCUAGGCUCCCUGAGAUGGAACAGGAAAGUGGCUCUAUUAUAAGGUAUAUGAUCGCCCAAUACAGGACAAAAAAGAACGUCAAACAAAAAGUUGACCCUUUUUUGGCAGAUUAUGAAAAAUUGAUCGGUACAUCUUUGAGUUUCAAAAAUAUUUCUUUGUUUCUGAAAAACUUUCCCAUGCUGAGUUUUCAGGGUGGACUACAGAAACUUCCCAUCUCAUUGAAGAACCAUUUAUCACAGAUUGAAAACAUCAAGUUUCAUUUUGACAGCAAAAUCAAAAACAUUGCUUUGGAGAGCGGUAAGGUGGCAUUGACUGACCAUGAUCAGGUUUAUCUUGUUGACCAUGUGAGAUCUACCAUUAAUACCAACGAAUUGGCCAAAAUCAUUUCACCCGUUGUUCCAAGUUCUACUAAGAAAAAAUCCGUUUUCAAAUCCAAAGCGAAUGGCCCAGGGCUGGUCAAAUGUUUGAGCUGGCUACACUAUACAAAUAUACUAAUGUGCAACAUUUAUAUACCUAAGCACGUCUCAAAAUCUAUCACCGGAUUUGGAUACUUGGUUCCUCGAUCAAUGUCUUCUCAGGCAUCCAAACUUCUCGGUGUCAUAUUUGACUCAGACAUCGAGACUGCAAUGACUCCUAAUUUUACAGAGGCCAACAUUACGGCGAUAAACAGUAACUCUGCAUCUCCCAAGCAACUCCAAAAGUUUUCUGACCAAUUCGUCAAUAAUGAUCUCCCUAAAUACACCAAGUUGACGCUAAUGCUUGGAGGUCAUUAUCUCAAGUCGGAGGCAGACAUGCCCGGUUCCGCAGAGAGUAAACAUGCUGUCAAGGCGAUUCUGUCAAAUCACCUGAAUAUUGAUCUAGAUGAGUUUGCAUCUUUGCCAGACUUCAAGAUGGAAAUCACCAAGAUCCCCAACUGCAUUCCCCAAUAUGAAGUUGGGUAUCUUGAUCUCAAGAGAAAGGUUCAGAAUGCAGCCUCCAAAGAGUUCAACGACCAAAUAAGUUUUGGAGGCAUGGCAUUUGGUGAUGGUGUGGGGAUCCCUGACUGUGUCCAGAAUGCAUUCAAAGAUUCGGCUACCCUCAGUGGCAUUUAA